CCCUUCUCUCUCAUAUAUCCUUGUAAAGAAAAGACAGUUCGAUUGUACAGCCAACCGCUCGCUCAUAUCAUACGCUUCCCGUCGCCCUUUUCUCACACAGAAACAAACAAGCAAGCUCGGAUCGAGCUAAUUGAGCCGAGGUAGCUAGCUUCAAGAAACCCUUACUAGCCUGGACUCAUCUGCAGCGUAGAGCUUCUUCGUUAGCCCUAAAUUAGUUUGCUUUCUUGAGUUCUUUUGAAUUGGCAAGCAAGAACUCACUCUCCUGUACAGAGACUAAGAGAGAGGAGUAGUUAGCAAAGGAAAUUCACAGAGGUAGCCAGCCAUGUGUGACUACUUCUUGCAAAGGAUGGAAGGCGACCACCAGGCCGGAGAUCUCACCGACAUCAUCCGUGCCGGUGGCGUUAUGCAGGCUGGCGUCGUGGAACCCCCAUCGACGGCCACCGGGUGGCAGCUUCUGGACGAGCAAGCAGCUACCGGCCUCUUCCCGCCACCCCAGCCGUCGUCAUCAGAUGGCGCCACGCCGAGCGGCGACGGCUUCGGGGACUCGCUCUCCGCCCUCCCGGACUCCUACUUUCGCAGCGACUACCGCACCCCCGGCGGCGCUGCCGAUUUCUUCGACUUCGAGACGCCUGUCGGUGGCAGAGCCAGCGGAGGAGGCGCAUGCGUACUGGUGGAUAGUGGCGGUGGCGGAGUGGUGCCGAGGGGGAUGCAGGUGCCGGCGCUCUCGCCCAGAGCGAUACGGCCGUACCCGGUGAUGAUGGACGGUGACACGGUGAAGCUCGGCAUGCCAACUAUGAUGCCAGGGCUGGCGGUUGGGCCGCCGUGCGCGUUCGACGCCGUCGCCGGGCUGCAAAUGCCGUCGCCGCGCACCGGCGGGAUCAAGCGCAGGAAAAACCAGGUAAGGAAGGUGGUCUGCAUCCCAGCACCUGCAGCAUCAGCAGGAGGGAGGAGCACUGGGGAGGUUGUUCCUUCGGAUCUCUGGGCUUGGAGGAAGUAUGGCCAGAAGCCUAUCAAAGGAUCUCCCUACCCAAGAGGGUACUACAGAUGCAGCAGCUCGAAAGGAUGCCCAGCGCGGAAGCAGGUCGAGCGCAGCCGGACCGACCCCAGCAUGCUCGUCAUCACCUACAACUCGGAGCACAACCACCCGUGGCCGACGCAGCGCAACGCGCUUGCCGGCUCCACACGAUCUCACCACGCCAAGAGCAACGGCAACAACUCAUCAGUCUCCAAGAACAAUUCCUCCCACAACCUGCAGAAGUCAAUCGUUAAAGCGGAACCGGAUCAAACCGCCGCCGCAACUGCAGCCACAAGCACCACCACCACAGCAACCACAAGCACAAGUGGCACUCCUCCGACGAUGGCUGUGAAAGAGGAGGCAAUGGUAGGGUCAGAAACGCAGAAGGGCAUAGAUCAUGAUACUUCUGUCACGCUGGAUUACGGUGAUCUCUUGCAACAGAUGUUCAGCCAGAGUUACAGGCCCAUGAUACCGGAGGGUGGCCACCACGACGACUUCUUUGCCGACCUAGCCGAGUUGGAGUCGGAUCCCAUGAGCCUGAUCUUCUCCAAGGACUACAUGGAGACCAAGCCAGGUGGUGAUCCUAGCAAGGAGAAGGCAGCACCCAAGAGCGUGGCAGAUCCAUUAUUCAACAUGCUGGAUUGGGCUACCAAUGCUGUUGCUACUUCUGCAGGCAGCUCAUUUGAGCAAGGCGAGAGCGGUUUAUGACAUUAUUUACCAUGGAAAACGCAAGCAUAUAUGCAUAUGCAAAUGCACACAGCACAUUUGAUCUCUGGGACAAUGACCUUUAAAUUAAGAUGGCAAGAGCUAGAAAAGGAAAAGAUGAGGGCCUUUUUUGUUUUUCUUUUCCCUCUUGGAGUAAUUGCUUCUUCAUUUUCUUCGUAAUGAUCUCAAACACAUCAAGUAGAACGAAUAUGGAUGAAUUGUACUAUCUCCUCGUUAGUUUCUUCAAUGUUCAUCGUUAUCUAACAGAACAUUA